AUGGCCAGCAUAUUUGACAAGUUCUUCGGAACGCGCAAGGACAACAUCAUCGAAGUCUCCCAUGGCAAGGACCGCUACGAAAUCGACUUUCUCCCAGGGUCCAUUGAGUCUGGCUCAGCAACCGUAGGAGAUUUACGCCAGCAAUGUACAGAAAUCACCAAGACGCCGGCGAACCACGUCAAGCUGCUCUUUCGAGGCAAGAUAUUGGGUGAUGACGCAGUCAAGCUGGUUUCUGUUGGCAUGAAGAGCGGUUCCAAAGUACUCUGUAUGGCGACGCGUGAGCCACUGGCGCAGCAACCAGGCAAUGUCGAUGUAGCUGCAGCAAGGCAAAGACAACAAGCGUUAGAGGAGAAGAAGAAGGAGGAGGCGCUGUUGUCGCCACUGGAGCAACUCAAUGCGCUGCUUGCCGGUAUCGAGCGUGACCUGGCACCACAGGUGGAGAUGUAUACGGGUCCAGAAGUGAUGGAGGCGAAGCAACGGAAAGAGCAGCAUGAUAUGUUGGCUGAGCUCCUACUGCAGAAGCUGUUUGCUCUGGAUGGUAUUGUCAGCCGGGAUGAUGCAGGGGAGGGUGACCGUGAAGCACUACGCAAGCGCCGGAAGGAAGGUGUACAGUAUACGCAGGGACUGCUCGACCGCGUAGACGACGUGGUACGUGUUGCCAAGCUGCAGGAGGAAGCAGCAGAGUAG